AUGAAGCUCUUCGUCUUUUUAUCUAUUCUUAUCUUGGUAAGUUUGGUCCAAGGGAAUCAAUUGGAAUGGUGUCAAAAUCUGAUCGGAACUUGUAUUCAAAGAUUGGCCAAGGAGAAAAAUGAAGCAGCAAGGGCCGAGAUCUGGAAUGACUGUGAGACGGAAGUGGUAAAUCGACAGGCAAAGUACCCACCAGCCUCAGGAAAAGUAAGUGGAAAGGCUUUUGGUUAGAGUACUUCAAGGGCGUCCUCCACGUUUUCUCGUUUCUCCCAGUCUCCUCAUUUUGCGCCAUCUCUUUAGAUGGGUUCAAGCCAUAGAUUCAAAUCGCCUUUACUUUGAAACUUAACUGGUUUUCAUUUGUUGUAAAAUUAUGUUUAAAGUUUUCAUGAAAAAUUGGCAAAAUGUUUUGGUUCACCCUAAUAAUAUCUCAGCGACCAAUGCAAAUUUCGAGCUAAAAUUUUCAGCGUUGAAUAAGCGACCUAUAGAAAGUAAACUCACAUAAAAUAAAAUAGAGGCCCCCAAUUAGGGGAUUCUUUAGUCUUUAUUCAAAUUGUAAUCAAAAACAUUUUUCAGGACAAGCCAGAUCAAUCACCUUGUUACGAAACAAUGGGUGAAUGCAUUGGAAUGAAGGCCUUGGAAAUUCAAAGAUGCUGUUAUUUCUGUAGCGAGGACAAGCCAUAA